GUGUCGAGUGCGCGAGCAAAUCGUAGCAGGCAGGCAGGUAGACAGCUUGUGGUAGAAAAAAAACAUCGGUGCUGUCCUGUUCGGUGUUGUUUGUGCGGGAGUUUCAAAAUUUUUCAUAAAUUCUGAAAUUUCUGUGACAAAAUCAUCAGUAUUUGAUCGGCUUCACCAUCAUUCUAUAGCAGCAAUGGGGAAUACCGUCUCGGCUGCCGAAUUGAUUGCCUCAAACAUCGUCUAUGCUGAAGCAGCGGCGCCCAGCGCUGCAGCAACAGCACCGACAUCACUACCGAAAGGACAUCCCCCCGUUGGGGACAUGCACAAAAUGGCAAGCGGCGGCGCAAGUCCUCCGCCAGAGUGUCCGAUGCACAAAAAAGAUCAGCCUCCGAAAGAAAAACCGAUUCUGGUGUCUGAGUGUCCUGUCAAGCAUGAUGAUUCCGAUAUAAAUCCGCUGAAUAUGAUGCCACCAAUGAAUCAAAAUCCUGCACCAGAUCAACCAUUUGCCCUGCCCAAAGAUCGCCAGGUCUCUUCCAUCCCAAAGGUAACCGAAGAUGGCCGCCAGGAAUUCUGGGUUUACCCAAGCCAGCAGAUGUUCUGGAACGCGAUGCUUCGCAAGGGCUGGCGUUGGCAGAAGGACGACAUUGCGCCGAAGGACAUGGAUGAUAUUAUCAAGAUUCACAAUGCCAAUAACGAGCAGGCCUGGCAAGAGGUGCUCAAGUGGGAAGCGCUGCACGCACGGGAGUGCGGCAAUCCCAAGCUGAAGAGUUUCGGUGGCAAAGCUACAGAGUUCAGCCCUCGGGCCCGGAUGCGCAGCUGGUUGGGCUACGAGUUGCCCUUCGAUAGGCACGAUUGGAUUGUGGAUCGAUGUGGCAAGGAUGUCCGGUACAUAAUUGACUAUUACGAUGGCGGCAUGGUGGACGAUAAGUACAAAUUUGCACUGCUCGAUGUGAGACCGGCGAUGGACUCGGCGGAGAACGUUUGGGACCGGAUGAAGGUCUGCUACAUGCGCUGGAGAUUCCAGCUGGAGGGUAAGAUCAAGCAACUGACAAACUGAACAGAAGACGGAGCGAAGCCAUAGAUUUUAACAACCAGAAUCGUUGACGAACCAAAGCCAUUAAUCAAUUUGUGAAUAGAUCGGUUUCGGUGGCGGCCUGCUACCGGGGCCUCCAAUAAACGUUGGUAUGCGUUGAACGAGUUCUCAUCCUAUCAAUAUUAAUAUUAUGAUAACAAAAGCGA